AUGGCCCUGGGUGGGUUAGGUUGCCAUCAUGCGAUUCGGAGGAACGCAGGAGGAAAGCCGCCUCCGGCAGUGGGUGUUGGAUGAUCGAGCCAACACCGUUUCCUACUCCCGAGGGAGGAAAUCUCACUCAGAUUGUCUUGCUUCCAAAUUUCCCAUUGAAUCAAACGGCGACCGAUUUCAUUUCAAAUCCGACGUCGUUCAAUGAAAACGAGAACUGGGCGGCGGCGAUCAUGUGAGAGGGAGGGUUUAUGGAUCCAUACCGGAAGACGAAGACGGAGAGCCCGCCGCCACCGCAGAUUGGGUCAACGGGCGUCGAGGCGCUGGCUCGUCGGGCCUCCCUUCACCACCUUCCAUCGCUUUCGAAUCGCGAAGAUCGGGGACGGCGCGCCAUGGUGCGGGGAGACGGAGGAGGUUCCUCCCUGAGCACCACCGCCGUCUCCGGCGAAACGAGUCGCCGGCGGCGGCCAGGAAUCCUCCGGCAUCCAACGAUUCGCAGCCACGCGUGCCGGCGGGGGCUGCCGGCGGCAGCGGCGGCCUUCGAGAUCUCGACGGAUCUGGCUCUUCUGAAAGGGAAGCUUGUCUUUCGGAAACUGUUUCGGCUGCUAGAUUUCCUGCCGCGUGGAGGGCGAAAGAGCGGCCACGUUGCAGAAAAGGAAAUUAUCUAAAACUAUCCAGCACCGACGAGUCUCAUGCUUUCCACGUGCUCUUGAUAACUUUCGCUCUCCACCUGGUCAGAAAUUCUCUCUCUCCGAUAUUUUUGGUUGCGUUCCCUUAGAGAGAGAGAGAGAGAGAGAGAGAAUAAUAGCUUUUGGUGAUAUAGAAGAUAAACUAAAGAUGCAAAGGGAUGAUAAAAAUAAUGUCAGUUUAUGGGGAGGUAAAAGCAAAUAAUCUUAUCCAAAUGGUAAAUUUUUGGCCUCGUUCCCCUCGAGAGAGAGAACAAAACGUACCUUUCAGUGUCAGCAGGUAAGGAUGGGAGCUGGGCCCGGGCGCCAGCUCCUAUCAUGAGCAGAGGGAGGGCGAUCGGCAGCCUAGUUGCCGAGGAGAGCAGAGCAAGUCCAUGUGGUGGAGGAAUUCCCAUUAAACAAUUAGAAGAACGCAGGUUACGCCCUCUGAGACCGGGAGCUUGGAGUCUCACUUUCCCGGAAGCUGAUGGCUCGAAGACGGGUCGUGUGAAGAAAGAUUACCCGGAUUUGGCGUCGCUGUGGUUGAUAUCAAUGCCCUGCAUUCGACCUAGGGACGUCGUCCCGUUGACCGGUUGGAGUUCUGUAUGAUAUCUUUAAAGAAAGGGAGUGGAGAUCGUUUUUUUCUUCGCUGUGUUCCGAACUUAGGCGCUAGGAAGUAACGAAGGAAGACGAAGAUGACGGGAUCUGCUUGGGUGUUGUGCUCUUCAACCUCCCAGUGGAGUCCUGGCUUUUGGUCGCGCACGUUCACAAUGUUGCCACGCAGGUUAUUUCCUGUUUUCCAUUGCCAUCUGCUGACAGCUCUACAGUUGAUGCUCGUUUUUCGACUACUCGUGCUGAUUUCCGCCCCAUUUCAUAAUUUCCUGUUCUUGGCUGUUUGAGCUUUGGUUCCACGGGGUUCGGGAUGCGGCUCUGCUCUUUUUUCUCGUAAAAUCUUGGAUUUUUCGUAAUUCUCAUACCAUUUGUCGUGACACGAUUCCGAAGGUUUUUCAACGACAGGUGGGAAAGAGGUGAACUGAAAUGUGCAGGCAAAGGUGGCAAAGCUUGUGCUGCCUCUGUCAAUUGCAUUUUUACCAUCAAUUCCCUCUCCUGUUCACGUAAAAUGUUAUAUCUGAUGAUGUAACUUAGAGACUUCGUUUUGGCAUACGGAAACACUUACAGUUUUUUUUUUUUUUGUGAAGAAUUUAGUGUCUGAUAGAAACUCUUAAGUACCUAGAGCUUAAUCUUAUUUACGAAGGUAUAAAAGAUUGACUAUCUAAAAGGAUGUAUAUGAUUCCUAGGUGCCUCUCUAUGUGAGCUGGGUCAGACGAGCAUUCAAUCAAUUGGGCAAUUAAUUUUUGCUUAUCUCUAUUUUUUUUUUUACAGAGCGUUUCAUGUUAUUCAGCGACAAUUUUUCUCAAUUUCGGUUUUACACAAGCUUCGUUACUAAUUUUCUGCCUCUUUCAGGAAUAUUUCUUCUUUCUGUUCGGAGGGUAUGCGUUAUCCACGUCUCUGUGACCGUAAAUUGUUUACAGGUGCGGAAAAUGUUACGUAAAUUCACCUUUUUUUUGUCCGAUUGAAGUUAUGUUCUUCAAUGGAAGACUUGUACCUUUUUAGUCCUGAAAUUUGUAUCACGCUCACACCUGCAUCGGUUCAUUAUCUGCGAUAGAAAAAGCACUCAGACAUACGAAUGUUGGCGAAAUUUACAUAAAAAAUGAAAUGCUAUGUUGGGUGUUGCGUCUGGGAAUAAAUGAACUUUAACAUAAAUUUCGCAUGGUAAUGUGUGGGGCUUGUACAAAGUUUUAUUCGUAAUUGUUAGAUUUAGUCUGCACGCGGUGUAUGUAUCAUGAGUAGUUUACUUGCUUUUCAUUAUUCCUAGGGAUAAACUCAACAUAAUCUUUCAGCCGAAUUGAUUCCGUAUGAAAUAAUUUCUUUGAUCAUAGUUGUGAUCUCCGCAAGUAAUCUGCUGCUAUUUUUCUUUAUCUAAAUUGAUCUAUCUACGGGAUUACCACACACGCCCUGGCGUAUUUUAUAGCUUUGGUUGACUCAUUCUCUCUUUUUUCUGUUGUGCAUGCUUUAUAUAAUGCUAUAUUGUUUAUACAUUUAUUUAAUACUUUCAGCCAUUUUGUAUCUUCAGGAGACAGAGUGACUGAUCUUCUUUGGAUGCCAAAUAUUGUGCUAGCACGUAGAUCAAUUCUCAAGAACUCCAGGUCGUUUCGUCUGUGUGCACCUUGCUGUCUUAAUGAGGAAGGCAGACCUUGUGGGAUUAAUGAUGCGUGGAAAAAUUGUGAUGUUGUAGUUUCUUUUCAAAAUGUAAUUGUCUUUUCAGUUUUUAUUGUUUCUGACCACUUAUAUAUGUAUGAGCUGUAGUUUCAUUGCCACUAUUAUCACUGGGUAAUGAAGACAAUUACGCUAACCAAUAUUUCCAAAACGUUGUGUUUAACAACUAAAACUCAAUUUUUGUAACUUUUAUUCUACAAAAAAAUAAUGAUUGUAACAUUUAAUACGUUCCUUCAUGUCAAUGAGCUUGCAUUUUCUUUUAAAAUUUCAGCCGGAGUUCACUCGCAAUUAUUCUCAAUAUUUUGUCGUUCCUGAUUGCCUCAUUUAAUCUAUCGAUUGUUUGAAUAUAAUUUUCAACGUAACUGUAUUAUUAAUCAGUUAUAUUUACAUGUCAUUUCAUUGUUCUUGUACCUUUUCUUUUGAUAAUAAGUGGACUUUACAAAUUUAGUAGACUGGAUGUUCUCUAAUGAUUUUUCAGAGGCUCUUUGGAAUGGUUUGGUGUUCCUGUGUGCUUUAUGUUUUUACAUAAGUCUCUAGGAUCGCAUGAGAAAUCGACAACUCCAUAUUUAGACGUUACAACCCAUCUGUCCCGAUUGGCUGCAAAGGUUUUUUUUACAAACACAUUGUUAAGUUAAGAGUCAAGCUUCAUGCUGCAUGUUCUUCUGUUGCUUUCCUUCGGUGAAUUACUUCAGCAAGGAUCAAAGACCUAGUUGAAUUCCAAAUGAAAAUCCCCUUCCUUUCUUAGUUCAGCAUCAUGUUCUUUUCAUGCUGCGGCUUUUUAUAACCUCAACGCGCUAUUCUGUCAGUUCGUUUUCCCAAGAACUUUAAUUUUGUGAAUUAGCAGACUCCAUCUUAACUUCUUGUUCACUGUUAAUUCCAUAAUUUAUCACUCCAAGAUUUUCAUUUAAUCGGCAGAGCUCUUGGUCCUCAAUCUCACGGUCGUUUUUUUACUAACCACAAUUUUUCAAAAUAUAUUUAAACAUCAGCUAAAAGAUUAACCGAGAUAUAUUGUCUUAGAAUGCAGAAUUCACAUCAGAUGUAUAUGGAAUUCUUUUGACUCAGGGUGUGGAUAUCCAGAAUCGGUAUUUCAGCUAGUCAUUUGUGACUCUCGGAAAAUGGUCAUACCUCCGUCACCUCAACUUCCCAUAGGCAGUAGUUGUGCGGUCCAAUAUUCUUAGAAACAUCAGGGGAUCACUGGAUCUCCACUUGUUUAAAAUAAUAGAACCUUCGUCAAAGUCAUUUAUGUCGGCAUGAUUCCUUUUGGAUUGUUUUUUAAAUACUUUUAUCGUUCGUCUGGUUUUCCCUUUUGGAUUGGUUUCAAGAGCUUGGUGCUUCAAGUGCUGCUGGUUGAACUGGAUGUGGUCUGGACAAUCCCAGUAUGGCCACUUGCGCUCUGUCCAGGUUUUAAAUUUCCGUGCUUUCAGCUUAUGUGUCUAACAGAAAUCUCACAUGGCAAACUGUGGCUCAAUUCUUACCCCUUAUCAGGAUAGAGAGAGAAAGGGAAAAUGUGAGGUCAUUUGGUGGUCAGUGAGCUAUUCAAAAGAGCAAGGAUGCCAUUCUUGAAGAUUUUAGUAAAGAUCAGGAAUGUCUUAUGCUUGUCUUGUUGCUUAUCAGCUUUUAUCAUUCAAGCAUAAUUUACUAACAACGAAUUAUAUUUAAUAUUAUAAAUACUUAGUGUAAUGUUUUAUUCCAUCUUUGUUGCUCCCCGUAAUUUCGAUUUUAUGACUGUCGUCCUUCCACUGCCAAGUCAAACAAAUAUUCAUUUUACAUUUUAAAAAAAUAUUUGAAAUAUUUAACUUACAAGUGUUGUAUUUCAGGAAAACAGUGCCAAAGGCCUUUUGGGAUACUUGCUCUCUAUAAUUCUUAAAAUGGCAUGUCUCAAUAGUGCGUACAAACUAUUGAAAGCCGUCCUGACUUUAUCACAACAUGGUCCGUAUAUUUUUGGUUCAGGAGGCGUCCCUUUUGCAUGUGUAUCCAAUUCGGUGAGCAAGCCAACAACUCAUUUGCAUGUAUCACUGCCAUCAUUUGAAGACAUCAAAUGGAUGUUUUCUCGCACCUUCUAUCAUUUCGAUGUGCAACUUGAAAGGAAUGUCAGCGUGUAAGUUGAUUCUUUUUUUGUGUAAUUCUCAAAUCAUUUAUUUUUUUAUUCAUUUAUUUUAGUCAAAGGUGUUAUUUUACUGUUUUUCGGUUCUAUUUUUUCCUUCCUUUUAUUUUUAUUGAAGAUGGUUUGCUAAUAUUGUUCACCUUAGAUUCUCUGGUAUAAUCCAACUAAAUUUUAUGAAUUUAAACGUUGUUUACCACAUGUGCUUUCUCUGUCGAUCCAAGUGUAUAGGGUCUAAUCUUGGGAUUUAGGAUCAGGAGGUUGUUUGGCUUGAAUCAGUGAAGAUUUGGUGUUAUAUCACACGUUGCAGUUGAUUGACUAGAAUCGCUUUAAGUCUUAUCAGCUGGCUUAGAUCAUUUUUGAAAGGAGAAAUGGGUGUUUUUGCCUUGUGAAUGUAUUAAGUCUUACUUUUAGUUGCCACUGGUUCAUUGUCAUCCAGGAUAUAAAAAUGAAUAUAUCAUAAGAUUGGAGGAUCUACUAUAUGCAUUAUGCACAUUUAAUGAGGGAUGGCUAUUUUUUAUGAAAUAUCUGGGUAGAGUUGCGGUGAAAGUACUCUCUACAUUUUCGUUCCAGCACUAUCUACAUCAAUUUCGAAUGUUCUGAGGUCAUUAACUAUAUAUCCUGUGACAACUAGGGGAACACCAUCACUUUACAUACUUUUAUUUGUAGUAUUAUCAUCAUCAUCUUCAGCAGGAUCAUCGUCAGAUACACAUAAAAAUAUUUUGGUCUUUUUUCUGAGGCACUUGGUGUUGCUCAAUCUCCAUUCUUUGUGACAUCUUUGAGAUAUUUAUAGAGGCAUUCAUAUGCCUAUUUCCCUGCGUAACAAAACUUGGGGAUGACUUGCUGACUCUGAUGGUGACGAGUAACAAAUGAUACACCUUACUGUGUUAAAAUAGUUUUUUUACUUCAAAGGGUGUAAAGCACUCACAUUUCACUUAAGGUGACUGUUCUAUUACAUUUUAUAAAUGAAAGAAAUAGUGAAGAAAAACUCAGGAAUACUUUCUUUUAGAAUGUGUAGGCAACAAUGUUAUGAACUUGGCAAUUAGAGGAUGUGGCUCAGCGGUGUUUCUAUUCCCAUUCUAGCCAAAAUAAAGCAUCGAAUGGGGUAAUUUAGCGUCUUCUCACCACGAAAUCAACUGUAUUUCUUAUUUACCUGAUUCAUCUUUCCUGUCCUCACAAUUCUUUCAAUCUUGAGAACUAAUAGAUUUAAGUGCCUGAAGCUGACUUGGAUGUCAGUUGUCUGAGAAGUGUUGCCAAUUCAUCUGGCAUUCUAGAGUGUUAGUUCUUGAGUUGAGGUUCUGGUUUGGUUUCGGUUCAUAAAAGUAGUUAAAUUGCCUUUCUUGGUCCUCACAUUUAGUUAAAUCCUUUGUCAAAUGAAAGGUAAUAAAUUUGAGCCGCCUUUGUAAUUUGUAUUGUUUGGAAUUUAAUUACAUUAAUCAAACGAGUUAAGAAACUCAGUCUCAUUUCUUGCUCAAUUUUACCUUUCUUUGAUCAACACAUUGCAAAAUUUUGAUUUGUGCCUUUAAGAUCUGUUGGUUGCUUGAAAGCUUUGUUGGUUUAUGUUUACACUCAUCUGCAUAAUAAUAAAUGCUGUGUUACACAUUUGAAAUAAAUCCGCCACGUUUUGAACCUACUGAUUUUAGUAGGGGGUCACAAGUCUGAGCACUGACAUGUUUUGUGUUUCUAUGUACCAUGCAGAUUUUUUAUUGUAUUAUUUGUUGCCUGUAUCUCAUUUGUCAUCAUUGGAGGCUUCCUGUUCUACUCAUACAGGUACACCAUGGCAACUACAUAUUUUCCACUUACUAUGAGACAUUAUGCAUAAUAAACAAUUAUGCUGAAAAAGAAAACUUUUUUUCCUUUUCGAAAUGGUUCUUUUUUUCUAUAUGAUAUGGAUUCAAUUAAACUCAAUGAAUAAAGACAACUGAUAUGGAUUCAAUUAUUUAGGGCAAAGGUCAGUAAUUUAUGCUCUUAUCAUUUACCUAAAUUUUUGCUAGAAUGAUGGGGAUAAAGAAAGGUGGCGGUGAAAAUACAGAUAGAUUAUGCUAGCAUCUGUUAGGGGUAUUUUUUGGGCAAACAAUGGCAAUGUCAUGCUGAACGUUAUGUUCGACUGUUUUGCAUGUUAUACUGAUUCCGCUUGCUAGCUACUAGGUAUUAAUAGUUCAAGAACAACCAAUUAGGAUUUAAUGGAAAAUAAGAAGCAGGUACUUAUAUUUAUUAGACAUUGAGAGGAGAAGAAGCGUUUACAUUACUACUAAAAACCUUAUAUGUGAUAACUAUGUACUAUAUCAUUGUGGUGUCCAGCAUGGGACUGAAGAAAUCAUGUCCUUGCUAAAAGAAAAAGUUUCUUCCUCUCUUUCGACAGAUUCUUCUGUCUGAAGGGCAUUGGCCUUAAAAACAUGCAUUCUCCUUUGAUUCUGCAUGACGUGAAGGGUCAUGAGAUCCUUCAUAUCAAAUGUCCUUAAAUCAACUGGGGGGGAAGUUUUUGGACUCAAUUUGCCACCUAAUGCCUAGUAGCUCUAGAUAAAAUAAAUGAGUUAACCCCCUAAUGCAUUCUCCUUGCUUCUCUUUCGAAAGCUAUGCGUCUGUCUAAGUCACUGAUAAUCAAUAUUCUGUAAAUGCUUCAAUUUCCUCUUUUAAGCUAUGAGUCAUCGUUGCCCUUGUCAUAAUUUAACUUGAGUCCAGUGCUUCCUUCUGGUCAUUUUUAUGUUAGCAAGAGAAGCAUGUGUAAGAUUAAUUCCCUAUUUGUUCUGCCUAAAAGGCUUUGUGGCUCUUGGCUGUUUUGUAACAGUGGGAUCUGUUUCCUUCCUAAAAUAUGUGAAUUAAUCCCUAAAAUAUGUGAAUCAAUACAUCAAGUUCUAUUAGUUUGCUUUCUUCAUUUUCUAUCUGCUCCAUCCAGAGCCUCUUUGAAGAUAGCAAUCUUUAACAAGCUCUUGCAUCACUAAUUUAGGAAAAAGGAAAAAUCUCUGGAAGACUGUCUCUGGGAUGCAUGGGCUUGCCUUUGCUCAGAAUCUACUCAUCUAGAAGUAUGAAGUUUCUUCAGAUACAGGUUCUAUGAUUUAUAAUUUAUAUUUGGUGAGAUUGAGGUUUUUGACAUUUGUGCUUUUAUACCAGCUAACAACACGUUUUGAACGUAUUAUUGGCCUUAUCCUUGCUGUGUGGGGAAUAGUAUUUUAUUCACGCUUGUUGAGUACAAUGACUGAACAAUUUAGAGUAAGUCUUUCCUUACAAUUUAGUCAACUGUGCUUCAAUGAUAUUGGAAGAAUCUUGUGUCUCUAACAAGUAUUUUCCUCAGUACAAUAUGAAAAAGAUCAGGGAAGGCGCUCAAAUGCAAGCCAUGGAGAGUGAUCAUAUUAUUAUUUGUGGGAUAAAUAGUCAUCUGCCUUAUAUACUCCAGCAACUAAAUAAGCAUCACGAGUCUGCUAUUCGAGUUGGUACUGCUACAUCGAGGUAUAUACUGUUUUCCAAGCAGUUUAUAUUGCUUGUAAAUUAAUAUCAGAUCAACUAGUUGCAAGUUGGUGAGAGGCCUAUGAAAUAUUUGUAUCUGAUACGAAUAUUGUAAUUUUAAGGAAGCAAAGAAUCGUCAUCUUGUCUGAUCUUACAUGGAAGCAAAUGGAGAAGCAUAGAGAUAACGUUGCCAAAGAUCUGAACUACAUUGAUGUUAUAAACAAAAGGUAACAUAAUUCAGCUCUUCUUGCAUCGUUGCCUGCAAAACAAUUCCUGUGACUUUGAUGAGAUGCAUUAAGAGCGAAUGUUGGCACUUUUCAUCUGGCCUAGGUCAUAGUGCAAACAAAGCUGGUCAAAACCUCUAGUAAUACUGUUUUUUCUUAUUUUGGAAUUUGCAAUAUUUUAUAAUCAAUUUCAUGAUUUUUUCGAUUAGUUUUCUGUUUGUGCAUAUUGAUGUGAAUUUGACAGCAAUCUGUAAUUUCUUUCGAAACUUUUGGAAACUUUCGAGUAUAAUUUAAAUUAUUUUCUUCUUUAAAAUGAUUUUUUUUUUCUAGUGGAAGUAGAAAAAUGUGGCUGUACUACCUCAAAACACAAGCAUAACUGGAGUCGGAAGUAAAUCACUCCAGUAAAUUCUAGUUUUUUAAACCUACUCUUGCCUUCCUCCUCUUUUUCAAAUAGUGUUAGAAAAAAAAUUAUAAAUUGAAAAUAAUUUCUUUGGACAGUAUUAUAUCUUACCAUCAUGACAUAAUUUUAACUCUCUUCUAGUUUAGUAGUAAGUAUUUUGUGUCUUCUGGAUAUGAGAAAAGUUUUCUGCACGAUAUCAAAAUAAAAUCAUAACAGGAGUCGGAACUGAAACUGCGAGGACAGAAUUCUUGUUAUUCACACUUUUUUCUGUCCUUAUUUUUCUUAUAAAUAUAUUUUUUAUUUCUUAGAUGAUGUACGACAAAUUUAUAACUGUUUUGGUAGGUUUCUUAUUGAUUACACUACUUUUAUUUUAAAAUAAGUUUUAAAACUCAUACCCUAAGGAUGUUGCCCUUUUUGAAUGAUAGUUUCGUAUACAAUUGAUUAUUUGUUUUGGUUUCGUUCUCUAAAUGAAGAUGCACAACCUAAAAAAUGUCAUAUAUUUCAUACGCAAGUCAUCUUACUUUUGAAUUUCAUGUGUUCCAUUAGUGUUGUCAAUGGGCCAGUAAAGGCUAGAACACAGUUUUAUCUGAUGUUUGGCCCAUUAAUCCUGCCUCAAAACAAGAAUAAACCCCUCCUGCCAUCUUGCUAUCCUCGGUGGUGGGGUUCGAUCUUGUAGUCUAACAUGGUUUUACCACCGACACCCACGUUUCAAAGCCACCCCACCCCAACCCUCCUUGGCAACAUACACAAAACAGUGUUACCCACUCUGUUUGGUUACAUGUACCUCGCUCCCACUUGUGCUUCCUAUCUAUGGCACAUCGAAACAAUACCACUUUUCCUCCAGCUGCUCCUUAACAGUAUCUGCUCCCUUACAUGGCCGUCUCGAAACCUCAUUCCGGUGCCCCCUCUCUCCCACCAUCACUGACAUGUUCCCUACCGUUUCCCUCUACAUGGGCACACCCCAGAAACCAUCGCCAGGAAUGACGGUUGUCAGGCCUGGCCUGAUUCGGCCUCUUAGUGUUCUUGGGCUUGGGUCAGGCUUGGCAGGGCACCUCUAUGUGUGAUUUUUUUUUUUUGGUGCAGUACUUCUUCCAAAAAGGAAGUUAUUGUCUUUUAUUUUCGGAUCAAUUGUUUUCUUGAAAACAAAUACAUAUACCAAACCUGUCAUCAUUUCCUCUCUGUUGCCUGCUUUGAGAAUGUCAGUUGUCUGGUUCAGCCUUAGUAUUUUGUUGUUGGUACUGAUCAAUAAAUUUUAAAUAAUAUUUUAAUUGCUAUUUUUUAGUGUGCAGUAAGAUUUAGUUAUUAACGACUAUCUGUGGACAUCUGGGUCUCUUUUUAUGAGCGUCUUCCAUUAAUACUGAGGAUAUCUGACCUUUGACAUUUUAAGGAUUAUUAUAGGCGUAGUUUCUAAAGGGUCAUUUUGAUAAACAUUUAUAUUCAUGAAAGUUUGGAUACGUUGAGGUUCCUAUUGUUCUGUUGAUAUUGUUUUGGGCAUGUGGCUUCAACCUCUUCCUACUGCCACUCACUGAACCUGCCAUUGUUUCACCUUGCUUUUGAUUCUGCUCCCUGUCUGUCCCAGUUCUAUCUACUGCGUCUGACACUACCUGCAGCUCCUGGUGCCACAUUCCUCUCUUCUUUUGCUGCUGCUUCAGAAUUCUUGAUCAUGUCCUGUGCUCAAGUUUUGAUCUUGCUUUUUUCUCAUUUUCCACUUCUCCUUUAGUCCUUUCUCCUUCUGACCACUCUUCUUAUUGAGUGGAAUUCAUUAUCUUUGUCCUUGUAUUUUUCUGGAUCCAUCUAGUUUAUGCCUUAGUUGGAAUUGAAAUUAUGGGAAAAUCUACAGAUGCAAUGUGCUAUCAUGGUAUAUCUUAUGAACUUGGUGAAUAUGAUUCCGCUUCUUUGACAGAAACGAACACCGGUUUGUCUUUUCCUUAUAUUGGGGGUUUCCCCAGUUUCAGCGGUUUGACUACAAGUAUGUCGACUAACUCUUGAACUUACUAUCUUCUGUCUGCAGCUGCAGUCUUAACUUGACAAAAUCUUUUCAACGAGCUGCUGCAAACAGGGCACGUUCUAUCAUUAUAUUACCUACAAAGAACGACAGGUGAACUCUAACUGUCUUGAGUACUGGGAUGUGAAAUAUAUUUGAUGGAUGGACUAGUUGCAAUCUUUUUAUGUGCAUUGAUGCCGAUACUUGUUUUGGUUAUACACCUGGUAGUUGUCUUUACAGAUAUAUUAGUGAUUGGUGUAGUGCUGGAGAAAAGUGAUGCAAUUGCAAAAAAAAAUGGUUGUCGUUUCAAAUUUCAAGCCAUUUAAAGCCAUUUUCAUGCUGAAAAGCCAGGGUUUUUUUAAUCAUCUAACUUAUUUACUCAGGUACGAAGUUGAUACGGAUGCUGUUCUUUCUGUACUAGCCCUUCAAUCUCUCCCUCGAAUGGCGUCCAUACCAGCUAUUGUUGAGGUGUGUUUCUUGCUGCGUGCUAAAAUGGGAGCCAUGUUUGUUCAAGAUGUUAGUGUGCAAAAAUGACAAAAAGUUUCACUCAUCCAUUCUUACUGAGAGUAUAAGGACGGUAAUGUGUAUCACAGUGAAUUUUAGAUUAUGAAAACAAAAAGACUAUCGAAAACUAUAUUUUUUUUCCAAAUUAUGGAGAUAGAAAAUUCUUACGCAAAGCCAAGAUUUAUUUUUUCAAGUUUGGGUCAACUGGUUUUUAAGAUUGCAUUCUGAUUUCCACGGUUCUUGGCACAUUUUUUGUACAUCUAUGUGCGAUUACCAUACUCAUGUUUGCCAUUUAUGGUUUUCGGUACCUCUAUAACUGCAUUAUCUGUGGAAAAACAGAUACCUUAUUUUUUGUAUAUUUUAGAAACACUUCUUUCAUUAACGAUGAUUCUUCUGGAUUCGAAUGAAGGUAUCAAACCCGGAAACAAGUGAUCUUUUGAAAUCAAUCUCGGGCCUGAAAGUUGAACCUGUUGAAAUGGUUGCGUCAAAGCUGUUUGUUCAGUGUUCUCGGCAAAAAGGGCUCUUAAAUAUUUACAGGCACUUGCUUAAUUAUCAAAGUACACUUCCCUUCUUAAAGAAGUUCUUUGAUUACCAUAGUAAAUAAUAUAUAUCAGGAAGGUGUGAUGCACCUGACUAUGUGCUUACAGCUUGAUACGUAGCUGUACCUGGAAUACAACUCGUUUCUGAAGUUAUUUUUUAGUAUUUUUCAUGGCAUCAUUUGGUAUGGAAUUUUAGAAUACAAUCCUGAUUGUAUGUUUUUUUUUGUUAAAACAGAAAAUGUAUUCAAUCUCUGCAGCUUUCCGGAUCUUGUAGGGUUAAAGUAUGAGCACGUGAGACGUGGACUAAAGGAUGUAAGAAACUGCCAUUUUGUGACUAUUUGUUUGGUACGUUACUUAAGGGUUUAUAUACUAAUGUUUCGUGCAGGUGGUGGUAUGCGGCCUUUAUAGAAGUGGGAACAUCUACUUUCAUCCAAAUGAUGAUGAAGAGAUGCUCCCCUCCGAUAAAGUGUGUAAGAUCUUUGGGUUGAUACCUGAAAAUGAAAUGAAAUUUUAUUUACUUUUAGAUGGCUGCCCUAAAUUUCUGAGAUUUCAGAACCAUUUUUUCUCAUGUUUGUGGAGGUUUAUGUUCAAUAAUAGGCAAUGGUAGGGUAGUUUAAUCAAGUUUAACCUGAAUUAUUGCUUGCCGAUCCUUUUAUCUUUGGAGUAUACAGAUCCUCGGGUAUAUGGUUUCUUUCUGUAAUAGGAUAUCUCCAAAUGGCUUCUUUCGGCAUCUUCCAACCCAUAAUGACGGCAAUUCUCACCACUCUGACAGCUUCAGCACAUCACUAUGACAACAUCUUUUGAUUUCCCUCUGUCACCUGGUCCUAAAAAUGUUAAGGACUCACGACGGGAUGUGGUUCAGGUGGCCAAGGUGUUAGAGAAAUAUAUUUCAAUCUUUUGCAGAGCUUUCAAGUUAUCACCAGUAUUGAAUGUCACAAAUUAAUUGUAAGAACUUGUCUUCAGGUUAUAGAGUGGCUUAUUUGAUGAGAUUUGUAGUUGAUGUAAAAAUAACAAAGGGAAGCUGAAGCAGAUGUAAACAACGUAGUGAGAAGGCAGAAAAAGACAUUAAAAAAUCCAGAAAAUUAAGACUUGUGACCGAUGGGAACAUAGCUUAGCAUGAAAGAUUUAGUGAACAUGAGAACAUUUUCAAUGGGAAGAGUGAAAGCAAUAUAUGCCAUCGCAAAAACGACGAAAUCGUGUUGGCUCAUUUUUAAGAUAGUUAAUGUCAUUGAAGUCCUACUCAGAUUCAAUUUAGUACGAGUAGAGUAGGCUCAUAUUUAUAAUCAUAGGUUUAUUUUUGGGUAAUAAAUAGAGGAUUACUCCAAUUACAUUUCUUCAUUCGUAUGCUGGUUUUUGUGUGCAUGUGGGUAAUAUGAGUACAGACCCAGAGCAAUCAUCAUCUCUGAUUAAGUUAUUGAGCCAUUCAGCUUCAAAUUAAUUGGCAAUGAGUGGAGUAUCAUCGCACUUAGUGGUUUACUUUCUUAGGAAGUGAGACAUCAGAGUUAGUAGUUAAGGUCUUGUUUUUGGGGCUGAAACCUUGAGAAGAAAAAGGAUUAUCCUCAUAACUGAGUAUAUUUCAGCUGCCGUAUUCUUUAACCUACUCGACCAAUGAAGAAAGUGCUGAGAUACACGGAGGUCCACUAAAGUACUAAGAGUGUAGAGAUGGACAUAGAUAGACGAAAGAACUGAAAAGCGCUUGGAUAACGAUGGAAUUAUAUAAUACUAUUAAAACUUGACAUGGACAAGUAGAAAGAAAGUACACAAGUUUAGAAGGCUUUGUUUUAUCUUAGCUGAAAGGUUGGUAAUUGUUUGAAAAUUCUAGGAGUCAAGAGGGAGCCUAGAAUCCGAGAUUUGCAAGACCACCUCGAAAUUAAAGAGUGGAAUAUAGCAAAAUAGCGACAAGAAAAAUAUAAGAGGGAAAUCAAAACUAUCAUGAUGAAGGUUCUGAUUGAAAUUCAACAAGAUUUAGUUUAACUGAUGAAGAGAUUAAUCAACGGUAUAAGGAUCUUAUAGGGAGUUAUAAGAGUGAAAUAUACAGCUCAGCCAAACUGCAUAAGGACUGGUGCAAAGCUUGACCUUUUUCGUGCAUGAAAAAGUCUACGGUAUGCCUACAUGUGUCACUUAUUAAAAUUCUGGUCAAAUAAAUGGAUGGAUAAUUUUGAGCAUACCGUGUAUUUCGUCUGUGAAAUUUGUUGUUUUGAAGAAUAACAACUUAUUCAGUCGUUUAGUUGGAGAGGCCUCUGCCGAGGGUUCUCCAUUUUCCAUCCUCUGAGUUGUUGUGGUUACUCUGCUUGCAUAUUGCUGGGAGGAUGAAGUCACCGCGUGUUUCAGUCCAAUGUACAUGUUACUCAUCGGUGAAAUGUGGAUAACCGUAGAGUAUGUUUAUUCUAGAAUGAGGGAACUGUGUUCAAAUAGAUGCUUAAAUAUUUGGUGGAAGGGGUUGGGCUGACUCUAACAUCGCACUCAUUGGAGAGUUUUUGUCACGCCUUUAGGGGCAAAGUUCGUCGCAGGAGUGAGUGCUGUAUAAUGGAGGUAGGAAGACCUUAGUGUUGCAGUUUCUUGUGAGCUUUUGGCAUGGAUGGUAAAAACCAUCAAGCGAGAAGGGCAGUGAUUGAGGAUGUGUGAGAAAAAUAUUAUGGAGCCUGAGUAUAAGGUGUCAAAGCUGAGACAUCAUGGAAUCUAUCCUUUUUUGUGGAUAGCUUUUCUUGAAUUUCAGGCGUGAUGUUUGGAAGAUGUCUUAUCAAGCUAAUUUAGAAAAUUAUAGCCAUGAACAUAUGUUAUGAAAACAUAGGAAAUGUGAAAAUAUUCUCACUUCCUACAGAAUCCGCCCGAAUGUUAUGCAAUAGAGAUGAUGCAUUACAUGCAGCCGGUGGAUAAAUGAGAAUAGGUGGAAGUUAUAUCACUGGGAGAGAUGGAUUUAAUGGAAUUGAUGUAUAGAGGUCCUUACAUUGCAGGACACCUCCACAGCAGUGGAACUCUUCUUUUAAGUCAACAUAAAUCAUGUAUUUUUCCUGCUGAGAGAAAAAUCAUUCAUCAACAUUCUCCUUCAAAGGUGAAAUUACUUCAAUAGAGGAUGAACAAUAUGGGAGCUGCCGGCAUAUUCCUGCUUCCAUCCGCAUGAUAGUUCUUGGAAUGCAACUGCAAUGACUCAGUAUCGGGGGAGAUAUAUGACAAGGUUCUCAAUGCAUGACAUCAAAUAGUUAUGACUGUCUUAUUAUUUAAUGGCAGAGAAGGUGGAAUCCACAAGAAGGUCCAGAAAGGAAAUUAUCUGGUUCUUCAUCUCUGUGAGGAGUUGAUGCAAUGGCUUUCACCAUGGAGAAAACUUUGAGUGGGCAAAGUUUAUUCGUCCCUGGGGAACACUCAAGUGGGAUGGAUGAGCAGGUAAUCAAUAUGCUAAAUAGAAGAGCUUGCGGGAGCUCUGUGCUGGGGAUGUCUUUCAAUGUAUGUGUACCAUUUUUAGUUUUUGAAUAUAAUGUUGGAUAUCGUCAGCCAUGUAACAAUCAUAAGCCAUUUCUAUCAACAAGUUGUCAGCCAUUUUCAAUGAAAUAAAAAAACAUGGCAAAGACUGUCUGAGCAUGCUCGGCUUUAACUAGAAGAAAUUGAAUCCUUCAGGAAAGGCCGACUGACUGAAUAUUUUUCUGUUGCAAUUGGUGUGCAUCUCAGGAUGCUUAGGUUUACUAUCGACUGUUUAAGCCCUGUUUCUCAUCUUCCGUUUUAUUUCGUUUCCAUGCUAGUGUUGCUCUUUGUUAAUGGCAGAAACGAUGCCGUUUCUAUUGAUUGAUGGCAGAAACGAUGCUAGUGUUUGUACAUGACAUCCCUUUCCGAAAUGAUUGAUGUUUAAUGAUAAAUUACAUGAAGAAGAGAAUUAUGUAAGAUAAAAUAUUGGGAAUUCAAUAACACAUGUUUCUGUGGUUAGUAUUGGCCUGUAGCACCUGUUGAUUUUAAUAACUCUUCAAUUCCCAUUGAAGUUGUUGUUCAUAGCACCUGUUUAUGGAAAGAGAAGGCCAGAUUUUUUGCCGUCAGACAACCUACAAGAAAGUCAAACAACACAAGAUCUGGUGUCUCAACGAAAGAAGUUAUUGUCAGACAAAUCGUUUGAAUCGAGAGAAACCCGUCUUGCAAAUAUAGUGAAGCGUCCCUUGAAGUCAAUUUCAAAGGUAAUCUUUUUCCCUGAAGAGUGUGGACAGGAUUCUAUAUGGCGAGGUAUUUGAUAUCGAAGACCUUGCAGACGUCGGAUCGGAAUCUAGGACCAAGGGAGUGUGUUCUUAUUCUGGGAUGGCGAUCAGGUGUUCAAGAGAUGAUUCGAGAGUAUGACAAUUAUCUCGGUCCUGGCAGCAUACUGGCACGUCCCACUUCCUUGUCAUUUUCUCUUAAACGUGGAUUAGCUUACAAUAUCCAUGUACAUUGUAUGUUAUCUUCAUCUAAUCUUAGAGAAAAAAAGAUGCCAUCGGCGUCUUUUAUGAAAAUGAUUCUGGAACCUCUUGGAACGUUUUUCCCAGUAUUUUCACCAUUUUUUUGAUAUUAGUAAGUAGUAAAUUUAUCUUUUAAUUAAUCUACUCCUAGAAGCCAGUUUUCAAAACAAAAAAAAAAAAAAAAAAAUCGCCGCAGUUUUUUUAGAUAAAUUAUUUUCAUCAUUAUCCAAAAUUUGCAUAUGAUAACUUGGACCUUGCAUUUCUUCUGAUGUUGAGGAACUUAAUUUCAGGGCAAAUUGCAUUGAAUUUUCCAAUGUUUUUCAUUAGGCCGACUCUGUUCAUGCACAUUUGGUCAAUAAACAUAAGUCGUAUUUUUUCAAAUUUUCAUGAAAUGCCACUUCAUAUAUUAUGAUCCAGUCAUUAGAUAGUUUCUACUGUCUUGAGAUAUUGGAUGUCUGGUUAGUUUUUAUUACUGUCUAGAAAAUGAUAAUUCAUCAUAACUGAACUCUUAGGCAGAUAGCACAUAUACCCUACAGAUUUGAACCUCUUUAAUGGGAAUAAGACAUGUUACAAUGUGCACCUGACUGGUUUCAAUUGAUGUGUACUUCAAUUUCCUACGUGGGUUGGUUGUCAGUCUGUAAAACUCAGCACUCAGCUGCUCAGCUACGUUCUAGAGAUAAAACCCCAUCAUAAUUCUUUCCAAUACCGCUACCAGCAUCUUAAUAAGUUGAAACUUUGAUGUUACUCCUUGGUUUCAUCUCAUUUUCAUUGUGUAUCUGACUGUUCCAAAUGUCUUUUUGCAGCAAGUACUAUCCGUAGCUCCUAUUGCUGAGAGGAUAAGCUCAGAAAGCUCUCCCAUACAAAAUGAACUGAAACAUAUUAAGGUUUUGCAUAAGGUCAAUUUCUAUGCCUAGUUGUUGAACUAACCGAUAUACAACCUAUCUGAGCGAUUUGUUUUCAUUUACCUGUACUUCAAUCUUAUCUAGUCCUUAGUCGAUCUCUCAUGAGAAAAUUCAUGCAUUUCAGGUUGGGAACCCAAUGAACUAUCACGACCUAAAGGAAGCAAUAUUGAAUAUCCGAAUGUCCAUGAAGGGUGCCCAAGAUGUCCCUUUGACAAUAGCGAUAAUAUCCGACGAUGAAUGGCUUGUUGGAGGUAAAAACAUAUGAAACCAGUAAUGCUAGAAGUGUUUUUUUCUAUGACGUAUACUUCUCUUCAGAUCCCUCAAGAACGGACAAGCAUUCGGCAUAUACACUUCUUCUUGCUGAAAGAAUUUGCACUAAGCAUGGGAUUAAGGUUAGUGGCAUAAUAAAUUUAAAUAAUUUAUUAUUUACUCCAUACUUAUAAUUUUCUUUGCUUCCGAAUCCUCAAAGAAUCCACACUCAUCAUCUUGGAUGGAUGUUCAUAGUUAACCCAUGAUCUCAAAUCACUAGAAGGGUUGAAGAUCACUGUUGACAGUGGCCAUUAAUAGUAGAAUGGCUUGCGACUGUCUGGAUGACUAGGACUGUGAUUGUAAUCAUCUAGAAGAGUAAUUGUUUCUAAUCCUUGAAAGUAAUGAUAAUGCCUAUCCAACUGAUUUACUCCCAUGAACGUUGACGUUGCCCCCUUGUCCUUGCCUAUCGUGACAAGCUGAGUAUUAUAUCCAUGAUAGUUACCUUAUUAGAGUAGAUGAUGAGAGAUGUUUUUUCCUUUCUAGUUAUUUUUUGGUUUUCUUUUAUAAUAACAUAGUGCAAAAGAGGUGAGUCAAUGCAGUAAAGAUUAGGAGAUGGAUAUGGUGCACCGUUUUAAUGCUUAUUAUUAUAUUUAUCAACUCUAGAAUAAUCGUUCUUCAACUUCAUAAGUGGAAAUAAGAAAAUUCAACCUUAUCUUAUACAGUUCAUGCAUCUUUCUCCCACGGAAAACCUUUGAGCACUUGCAAGGCCCUAAUUCCAUGUCCACCACCAUAAUCUUCUUAGUCCUGCCGUUGUCUGCUGGAAUUCUCACAUUACCCUUUCUACUAGCACCAAAUGAAGAGAGUUGAUCAAGAACACAGAACUGGUUUCAUCAAAGUUUCCAUUGAUCCGUUUCUACAUUUACUCCCUUUUAAGAGAGCUGUGUGACAAGCAUUGUGAAUGAUGUGGUUGACCUAGAUAGCACAUGCUGAAAUUAUAAAGAUAAGCUCGUAAUUUGGUCCUAAAUCCACCUAAAUUCUCAUUUACUUCUUCUUAUAUCACCUGGCACAUAUCCUAUCCUUAUCCGAUAUAAGAUUGGACUUGUGGUUGUCCUCUGUUCACGCCAUUGGCUGGAGGCCUUGUCCUAAUCAUAUCAACCACUUCUGUUUCCUAUAUCAUUUUCUUGAUCUCAAUGUCUCAAAAGAGGAUGGGAGUAUUCAACAGUAGCUAUCAUUUGGUUUCUAUUAAAAUUUGUCUUUCCCUUGGUACUUUGACCAUGCUCCAUGGUGAGGCCCCUAGUUUCCAUUUUAAGCCAUUUGUCUUCUUUGUUUGUUUGUUUGUUUUUUUGUUGCAAAGGUACUAGUCUUGCUCAAAUCCAUCGUUAUCCUUUUCUAGAUGUUUCUAUGUAAAAGAGUGAGGGUGUUUUUGAAAAUUUAUCUAAGUUUCCUUCCUAUAUUAAAGGGUGUAAGAGUUGAAUGGAAAUUGAGGCGAUUUCCGCACUGAGGUUGUCGUUUGGAUCAUAUGAUGUACCUAUUUGGGUCAGACAUUUGGAGAAAUAAGUAAAACCUUGGAAAUCGUUCUUGAGGAACUCCUCCAACAUCUUCACUAUGAAGUUGUCAAGUUUUCUCAUUUCUAUAGACUGGGAUUUAAUAAUGUCUGGCAUGUUUCAGUGCUUUUGCAUCAUCAUGAUUAGCCUCCAUCAAAACUUGUGAGUUUUCUCUUUACAAUACAAGUAGACGAACUAUACAUCAUAUGAUGAUGACUCUAUAUUGGAAACAUGCUUCUUGCAGGUGGCGAACAUGGUUGCUGAAAUCGUAGAUACCAAACUAGGCAAACGAGUAACUAUACCAUUCCUUCCUUCCUCCAAGCUCAUUUAGAAAGUUACUACCCAGUUUUGGGAUUGUAUUGAUCAUGAUUUCCUGACUCUGCAGAUUAGUAGAAUCAAGCCAUCGCUCUCAUUCAUUGGUUCAGAGGAACUAAUGAGUCUCGUGACCGCCCAAGGUCUGCUACCACUAUCUUCACCAAGAACAUGCAAUCUUUCAUUAGUCACUCUCGCUAUUUACGCAUUUCUAUUAAAUGACAGUUGCUGAGAAUUGUGAGCUGAACAAGGUGUGGACUGAUAUUCUUAAUGCCGAAGGAGACGAAAUAUAUGUUAAGGUGAGUAUCUAGAUUCAAGCAACUGAAGUAAUCAGUGAGGUUAUAAUUUCCUCUUAAAAAUGCUGUGUACUCUGUAGCUCAUCAUCUAGGGUUUUCGUUGACUUGAUGGCUACAUUGAUUUCAUAGGAUAUCGGGCUCUACAUGACGGAAGGAGAGACCCCAUCCUUCUAUGAGCUUUCUGAGAGGGCGGUCUUGCGCCGUGAAGUCGCCAUUGGCUAUGUAAAAGAUAACAGGAAGGUAACCUUACUAAAUUUCCAUGAUCUUCUUCUUCACCAUAUGCAUACAACUAUAUCUACUCUAAAAAUACCUCAUUUUACACUGCCUUGGCAGGUUAUAAACCCCCAAAACAAGCUGGAGCCUCUUAAUCUUGAGAUGAGUGAUUCCCUUGUAGUGAUAUCUGAGCUUGAAGGUAGCUCGACGACCGCCAUUUAA